UCUUCGUCUUCUGUAUCCAUGAUCAAUGAUCUUGUAAGUAAGUUUUUUUUGCUUUUUGGCUGUAGCAACCUGCAAUACAAAAAAAAUUGAGCCCGAGCCCAUGUCACGUCAGCGAUAAAGAUCUACCAAUUGAAACCGAGUGCGGCGUAGUUGUUUUUGAUUGAGCGGAUUUUGGACACUCGGACUCGCUUGGCUUUUUCCCGUCUCUUGGCAGAGCCACUGACUACUUCCGUGAAUAUGUCGAGUUCUUCCUCUGUUGCGGUUGUGAACGGGCUUUCCGUAGUGAUUCCGACGUACAACGAGGUGGAGAACGUGGUGCCAUUGUGCGAAAGAUUGUUCGCGACGUUGCGCAAGGAGCUCCCCGAGCUUCCGGCAGAGCUGCUGCUUGUGGACGACGAGUCGGCUGGCUCAGAGGAGACGGAGAAACUGGUCACGGAUCUGGCGGCCAAAAAGUAUCCCAUACGAAUUCACAGGCGUUACCGAUCAGAGGGACGGGGUUUGUCUUCCGCAGUCAUGCUGGGUUUCCAGAAAGCGAAAUAUGACGUGAUGCUAUGUACUAACUGUAACUACAACUGGUGCCGCGUCACGGCUUGCUUUCUACGACCUCACUGUUGUGACUACAUAUCCUGCUCGUGAUCUAAUGCACUUUUUUUGUUUUUGUUUGACUUUGGUAUCGCGUUACAAGGUAGUAUCUGUUUCGGGCACAUGCCGCGUGCACCGCAUGUAGUAAAAAACAACACCGAAUGAUGGUGGAAACCCAAGAUCAAUCCUCGACAUCCAACUCAUACAUACAGCCAUGGACGCCGAUCUGCAACACGAGCCAGAGUCAGUCCCAGCAGUAGCGGCCCCGGUUCUGGACCGCAAAGUUGAUUUCACAGUUGGCUGCCGCUAUAUGAAGCAGGGUGGCAUCGCAUUCAAUUGGAGCGUCAAGCGGCAAGUUUUGAGUAAUGCGCUUGUCGCUCACUGCUACGUACUUGGAACAAUUGCAAUAUACAGAUGCAGGAAAGCCUUCUUUGCAGUAUACUUCCGCUUCGCUUCUGGUCCCCAUGUAAUAUGACAACUGCAUUCAAAAACAGGUUUGGGGGCAACAGCGCUCGCGUGGGGGUUGUGUAGCUCGAGAGAUCCCAUGAGCGGGUUCUUCUGCGUGCGGAAAGGCACGCUGCAGCGUGGCAUCGACCAAAUUAAUCCGAUCGGGUUCAAGAUUGGGCUGGAAAUCAUGGCACGCUGUCGGUGUUCGGUCCAGGACGUGCCAAUCAUGUUCCAGGAGCGGCUGCACGGGGAAUCCAAACUUUCCGCGAAACAGAACAUAGAGUACAUCCAUAUGGCGUUCUCCAAUGUUACAUUCUCAACUGUAGCGCUAAUUUGUAAUGCAAGAGCGGCGAAAGUGAAAAGAAAGGGGGAAGAUUGCGCCUUCUGCGUAACACAUCUGGAUUUCGAUGCUGUUUAGAUAUUUGUCACGCGAAGGCGAAGCAGCGUAAUCGUGGCGCUCUUGGUGGUAAAUUUGCAUGGCAAAUCAUGCAACAGUUGAGAGUUUAACAGUUGAGAACGCCAUAAUCGAGCAGCUUCUGGGGCUCUACUGGGCUGCUCACGGAUUCAAAAUCACCGCGGUGGUGUUUUUCGUCCUCUUCGUAAUUGUUAAAUGUAUGACCGGGCAGUAGAAGUCUAGCGAGCCUGUGAGUCUAGGCUGAGGCUGGUCGGUCGGUAUUUUAUACAGACCCCAGCCCUUCGGCCAUUGGUAGCCAGGACCUGAGAACAUUCCCCCAAUUAAGAGACGGCAAGCCAUUUCGCUUGUGAGAUUCUAUUUCCGUCUGUAUUUCUAUUAUUCUCAGGUCCCAGGGAGUCACGCCCCUGCCAUGGUAGUGAGGAGUAUUAUUGUCUGGCGAGACGGGGUUGAAAUUAAACCCCGGCCAGACUUUAUUUUCCGCCCCGGUGACCCGUUUCGGUCACUGAUUAGGGGCUUUAUUCUAUCUGGUGAGACAGGGUUGAGAUUAGACCCUGGCCAGAUGGUUUAUCGAUUUUGUCCGGUGAGACGGGGUUGAAAUUAUACCCCGGCUGGACGUAUUAUUGCGAGCCCUGACCCGUUUCGGUCAGCGAUUCUGGCUUCGCUUUGUCUGGUGAGACGGGGUUGGAAUUAUACCCCGGCCAGACUUGUUAUUUUCCGCCCCGGUGACCCGUUUCGGUCACUGAUUCCGGGCUUUGUUUUAUCUGGUGAGACAGGGUUGAGAUUAAACCCUGGCCAGAUGUUUUAUUGAGAUUGUUCGGCGACACAGGGUUAAGAUGAAACCCUGGCCGGAUGGUUUGUCUGCAAGCCCUGACCCAUUUCGGCCACAGUUUCUGGCUUUGCUUCAGUCAGCCAGCCCCGGGCAAAUUCGGGCCAAUAAAAUCAGCGUAAAACAGCAUUAAUGUAAAAGCGGGGCCGGGUUUCGUCUCGUUGGUUUUGGGCAUUGGCUGGCCAGGGGUUGGCUUUGCCGGAAUUCCCGAAGAGCGUCGCGCGGAGUCCGCGGGGGGGGAAACUUUGCCCGGAAGCCCUGCUCUUUUGGUGUGUGGCCCGCGGGUGCCGUGUUUGGGUUCCGUGCCCAUUGCGAGGGUGUAGCCCUGCCCUGCGCCGUGCCGAAGUUCCCCGGCUUCUCGCCGGGGGCGGGCCUUGUCGGGUUGUUUCUCGGGCGGUGUUUUCGUGGUCGUGUUGCUCGGCCCGGGGGCUUGAUUUUGCCGCGGCUCUUCCCCCGGGGCUUCAGGGGGUAGGACGUCGCCCGCCGAGACAUUGGGAGCCGGCCCCGGCCAAGCGCGUGGCCCUUUGCUGGAAGCGGCGCUCUUGUGAGCCAACGGGGGUCGAGGGUUUUUGCAGAGGGGGCGGCAGGACUUGCGACUUUUUUCGCAUGGUCCCGCGGCCUGACCUCUGCAAUAACUUUUGCAAUAAUCUAUGCAAUAAAAAUUGCAAUAAAAUUUGCAUUAAUUUCAAAACAAGGCGAAACAUGAGGGAAAUCGCGCCUCCCAUAAAUUAAUGCAAAUUUUAAUGCAAAAUUAAACCACAAAUUAAAAAAAAUUUAAAACGCAAAUUAACACAAUAAUCCCAGCGGAAACCCAAUUUGGGGAAAGCGCAAAAGUCGCAGUGUUUUGGGUGUGGGUUGCCAAGAAACCGGGGGGGCCCAGGGUUUUGUUUUUGGGCGGAAUUUUUAGGGUGUAGGCCUUUUUGGCGCAGCCUGCGGGCCACUUGCAGUGGUUUCUUUUGAUCUUCGGCAAGGUUUGUGCUUGGUUUCCGGUUUGUGUUAUGCCAACGCCGCCCAAUGUGUUGCACACGGUAGACAGGGCCCCGUGGGGGGCUUGGUUUUUCCCAUUCCUUUGCCGGGUCCUGUUUCCGCUUCGUGAUCUGGUGCAGAAGCCGGGGGCGCGAUGGGCCCACAGGCGUGUGGCCUUGGCUGUCCUCGUGGGCCCACGGCCAAUGCCUGCGCUCGCCCCCUGUCUGUUUGGACCACGCGCCGCGCCUUCCCCCUGGCCAUUCGCGCCGGCACUUUGGCGCGCUUCUUUUGCCCCCUUCCCGCUUUUAGAUUAGUGCUUUUUUACACCAAUUUCAAACCGGGUAGCUUGCCCGGGGCCGGCAGCCUGAUUUGCUUUUUCUGGUGCUGUGGGUUUGAAAUUAAACCCGGGCUGGUCUUAUUAUUUUCCGCGCCGGUGACCCGUUCGGUCGCUGAUUUUGGGCUUUUGCUCUUUUUAUAUUUGGUUUCAUCUCGCGGCCAGUCUCAAUGACCUUGGUUGUUUUUAUCCUGACCUUUCUCGGCUGUUUGGCACUGGCGGUAAACGGGCUCCGAGCCCAAUCCGUUACCCUUGCAGAGGGGGAGACUGGGAUAAGAAAAGCCGGGGGCUUGUUGUAUUCCGUUGAGGUUUUUGAGCUCCCAUAGGGCUUUGCGUGUCUGGCCUUUGCCAGUUUUACGUUGCGAGAAAGGUCACGGAUAAAACGACCAAGGUCGGCGCUAUUUCGCGUCUUUGGCGCCAUUGAUUGCGCGUUGUUUUGGGGGUGCUACGGGUUUCGGCUAUAUCGCCUGCCUUGCAGGCUGAGGAAAACUUCCGAUCCCGCUUUACGGUGCUCACUGUGUUUUUUUGGCUUGGACUUAUGUUUCUUUCCCGCCUUCCAGGGCUCCGCGGCCUUUUCGAUGGGGCGUGUUGUCCCCCAAAUUCAUCGCUGGGUCGCUUCGCUUCCUGCGGGUUCUUUGGGGUUGCUUCGGCGCGUGGCUCCUUCGGCGGUGGCGGGGUGCCCCAUCGCGGGCGCUCAUGCCCUUCCGGUGAAGACGGCUUCCCGGCGGGGUGCCCCAUCGCGGGCGCUCAUGCCCUUCCGGUGAAGACGGCUUCCCACUGGAAGCCUACGAUCAUCCAAAGGAUGAUCUAUCUCUGGCUGAUUCUGUAUAAAAUGCAUACAGGCCCUCCUCGCUUUGUAGCUGUGGAGCUGGCGGCUCUACAUGAUCGCAGUAAACCUCUCAUUUUUCUUUCACUUCAUCAGGCAGGAAGAGGAACGAGAAAACGAAGUCUGCAAUAUUUGGUUGAUACGCAAAACCAAUCGGCUGCCGCAAAUUUUAUGUUGUGUAAUAUAAGAACAUGCUGAUAAUCUCGUCGUUGUCGUCGUCUAAAGUCGUGAUACGCACAUAGCGUUUUAGCGAAGACCCAAGUAGCUCAGCAAGACAGGUAGAGUAGUGGCUGUGUCCACGCCCCGCAUGUUUCCUGCUAUCGUCGUGCUUGAUUCACUCUUCAGAACGUACACGGUGCGUUUUGCUGCGCGCCUCUAGUAUUACUUAAGCAUGGACUUUGUUUGCGUCUGAUGAUCUCCGACACUGUAGAAGUGACCAGAAUUACAUUGCAGUUGCAUAGUGAAAGAUACCGAACAUCGCACCAUCAUUCAACAAUCGCACAGACCGAUCUAUCAGCG